AUGCUGCAGGGCCAUCACGAGGCAUCCAAUGUCACCGUGCUUGCGCUCGUCGUUAGCUUAUCCGAGUCUAUCGCUGCGGCCGCCGAAGCUGUCCGCAAUCAACCAGUGGACUUGGGCAUGUCGGUUGCAGCGCGCGUAUCUCUAAAACAAAGAAUUUGGGGCACCGAGAACAUUUGCGCCAUGGCGUCGAGUGUUGCCAUUCUCGUUGGGAUGUUUAGUGAUUCCAUCAUAGACAGGAGCUACGCAGAUGAACUGACAGCACUAGCUUCUAGGUCCACCGGGAACACCAAGAUUUUCUGGGUCAUUGGGAGAUCGUGA